GAUAUCCUCGCAUUGACCGCGCCCGAGAUCCAAAUGUCGGCCGACGAAUUGACCGAGCUCGAAGUCAAUGCCCGGGUGAUCACCGCCGACCAGCCCGUCCAUCUCAAUAUGUCCAAGACCGGCGCCAAGAAGUGUAUCAUGGUGAUUUAUGCCGCCGUUCUCGAUCAGGCGAUCAGUGUUUCGAUCGAGGGCGAUCAGCGCACGGAGCUGGACCUUGGAGUGGAUUCCGGCCACUUGCAGGCGGAGAUCAAGUUCGACGAUGGCAAGCUGGAGGUCUCUUACAGCGACCGACACGGGGACGACCGGACCGCGGCCUACCAAGCCUUCCUGGACACGGAACUGCGAGUCGCCCUCGCGGUCUGCUGGUCAUCCCCGGCCGUCGCCAUCUCGAUCUGCUCGUGGGUGGCCAAGUCGGUGGCCACCGCGGGCUCGCAUGCGCUGUCCCAGGCCCAGGCCGUGUCCCUGGGCCAGCAAUUGGCGGCCCAUGCCAUGACCGGUUCCGACUCCUAUUAUGCUCCGACCCUCACCUUUGAUGAGUAUGUCCUCACGCUUGAGACCCAGCGACAGGCCGCCGAGGAUUUCCAGGACCAGUACGAGCGCUUUCAGGCCGCCGAAAACCAAGUGGAUGACGCCAAGGCGGCGGGGGAAGCCCUUCUGGCAACCGUUCAGAACACACAGUCAACCAGAGUCGAUCUACAGGCGCAGGCCUUGGCCAAAUAUCAGGCGGCAGCCGCUACCGUCGAAGCCUGUGACAAAAUGCUUAGUGAUGAUGAUGAAGAGCUGAGACAUGCACAGGACAGGUUCCAAGACGGUCUCGAUGCAUGGAUACAGAGGCAGACCUUCCUGGCAAUUUGCACCAUCCUUGGUGCCAUCUUUCAAUUUGCGGUCGGAAUUUACGCCGUAGGGAAGGGGUCGGGCGACCCAGCCGCGGUCGAAAAGAUCGUCAAAGACGUUGAGGAAGCAGAGAAAACGGCAGGGGCUGCGGAAGAUGUCAUCCUCGGCUCGAAGGCCUUCAAUAAUCUGUGGGAGUAUACCAAGGCAUUGGGGAAGCUGUUCCCCAAGAUGGUCGAUCUUGUCAGUGCGGCGGGCAAGAUUGACCGUCUGGGAGAUCAUGAUGAUAUUGACCUUCCGACCUUGGGCGGCGACGUCUCCGGCUCCGAUGGAACGGAUGCAGACGCCAGCUUGAUUAUGAGCCUGGUCGCUUGGGACGAGUGGGAGUUGGAAUCCGACCAACAGAUGGAAUGGGCCACCUCGCAACAUGAUCCCGCGAUCGACGGAGCCAGUGAGUACCGCUUGACGCUGCGCAAGCAUGCGGUGCACGGCCGCGCAUUGGCCCAGGCCCAGGCCGAGGCUGUCAAGCAAGGCCAGGGAUAUAUCCAGGCCACCCUCCUGGUGCUCGAAGCCAACCGCGACAUCGAGGCCAUCGACGAACUGCUCGCCCACUACGAGGAAGAGAAAGAUGCAUACGCUCAGGCCGAAGCGAAGUUCUACGAUCGAUACCUCCAGCUGCGGACCACGCUCGCCAUUCAAUUGCAAUAUGCGGUCGAUGCCUGUCGCUUCUACACUCUGGAAGAACCCGAGGUCAAUCUGGACUCACAGAUGUCGGUGGACGAGAUAACCGCCUGCAUUGCAUAUCUACGGGGUGCGAUGCAAGAUGUCAAGAAUCAAUACGCAAAUGGAUACACGCCAUCCAGUUUUCCCGAGACGGUUAUCGCAGGCCUGAAGAGCAGUGCGCAAGGGUAUAGUGCCACGUUCACGCUCUUGCCCAUUCCAGGCGCCAACUACGACCCCGGCCCGGAGAACUACGCAUAUCCCUUCACCGGUGGUUUCCACUACCGUCUGAAUGGCCUGGAGCCUCGCCUGCUCGGGGUGAAGCCCACGCCCGACGCGGUGCACGAUGGCCGCGCGUUUGUGCGGUUGCGCAUCGAAACCUCCGGGACCUAUUCGGAUCUCGGGUAUGACGCAGACACGAAGGAAACCAAGGUCUGGCAUUUUGUCAGCAAGCCCCGACAGAACCGCUAUGUCUACGCGGUUGACGAGUCGGGCGCGUGGCUCCGCGACGUGGAGCGAGCCACAUACGAUGACCAUGAGCACGCUCAACCUCCCCCGUUUACACUCUGGAAGCUCACUCUUGAAAACCCCGACGAUCUGGAUUUGAGUACACUAGGAAAACUGGAGCUACACUGGGACGCGUUCUACCGGCCGGUCUUCUCAUUAUGAUUUCAUGUGUUUUCGUCACAACUACCGUUGCAUCCUGUCGUUGCGGUGGAUCCAAAUCAAGAGUU